AAGAGUUCGGGGAUUAUUUAUUCGGAAUUCCGUUUUGCUCUUCACGUGAUAUAUAGUCCUAAAGAUGGACUUCAUCCGGAUCGAUGGAGAUGCUUUGAUUCCCAAAAUAGUCAAACGGUGAUUAUUAUUGAACGCUUAUCACCCGGAAAAAAUUUCGAAUUUCGUUACGAUCUUCAACCUUUGUCAGGUUAUAAUUUAGCAGAAUGCCACCGUUGCGUGCGUACGGAAUUAUUAAAUCAUUAUUGCACUAGUGAUUUUGUAAUCGAAGGGAAUUUAACCGGUUUCCACGAAAACCAAGAAACGCAAAGGACUAAAUUAACGAUUGGCGUCAUUAAAUUGCAUCGAUCGAUCGAUCGAGAUCGAUUUAAAGAUUACGUAUUCCUUUAUCGAUCGUAUAACUGUACCAUACCGGAUUUUGGAGAGUAUAUUUUUAUGGGAAGAAUGAUUUUAGGAAUUCCUGUGGUUCUCUGUAUGAAAAGGCUUUCACAAUGGACGAGAAUUAAACAGAACGCUUUACUUACUUCCAAUUCUCCUUGUAAACUGGAUUCGUAAUGGCAAAUUCUUUGUAAUAGGUUUAUAACUUAAUAAAAAAUUUUUUAAUACCUUUGUACGAAAACGAAUCAAAAUCAAUUGCUGAAGUAGAAAAUUGUAUCUUGGCGACGGCACGACAGA